UCAAUGUGUGCAACUCUUUAACUAGGCUUACCGAUAGGCUAAAGAGCAUGGAGGCGCGACCAGCGGCCGGGGUUGGCCCCCGGCUGCCGGGGCGCAUUACGGCAGAGCUUAUUAUGAGAAGUCCUCAGUACAUGAGCUGCAUAAAACAGUAUGAAGUUGACCUUCGCGGCAACAAGAUUGCUGCUAUAGAGAACCUUGGAGCGACGCAGAACCAGUUUGACAGCAUCGACCUCUCGGACAACGCUAUCGUGCGGCUUGAUGGCUUCCCAAAGCUUCUGCGACUCAAGCAGUUGCUCAUGAAUAACAACCGCGUCGCGAGGAUAGCACGAGGGCUCGAAGAGUUCAUCCCAAACCUGGAUACUCUAAUCCUGACCAAUAAUCGAAUAAAUAACUUGCAGGACAUUGACCCGCUCGCCACGCUGCUAAAGCUGGAGCACCUGUCGUUGCACGGGAACCCGGUCAUGACGAAAGCCAACUACAGGCUGUACGUCAUCAGCAAACUGCCACGAUUAAAAGUCCUGGACUUCAAGAAGGUUAAGCAAAAGGAGCGCGACGCGGCGAAGGCCAUGUUCUCCUCGGAGGAAGCUCAGGCCACGCAUGCAUCCAAAACUUUUGAGCCGGAUGAGGACUUGGCGGCUGCGCAGCAACAGGCAGGCGUGGUGCUGCCACGGGAAAAUGGCGGCGAGCAGCAGCGGCCGGAAGAGGAUGGGCAAGGUGAUGGCGAUGACGAAGCGGCGAAAGCUACGGCGGCACCGUCGCAGGAGCAGCUCAUAGCCAUCAAGGCCGCUAUUGCGAAUGCGCAGACACUGGAGGAGAUUCAACGACUGGAGGAGGCGCUGAAGACGGGGCAUCUGCCGUCUGAAAUUCGUGUGGAUGGGGUUAGUGGGAAAGAGGCGGUGGCGGCUGCACCAGCAGAGGCAGCCACGGGAAUGGAGGUGGAUGCCAACGGCGGUGCGGGAAACCACCUGGAGGGCAUGGAUGUUAGCUGAAAGUAGCCGAGAACUGAGCUGGGUGGGGGUGGAUGAGGUCCAGUUAGUGUUGGAGAAUAGGAUUUGGUCACCUUGCACCAACGAAGAGCGGGGCGUAUAGCAAGCUUAGAGAGAAGUUGAAUCGCGGAUGUGCCAGCGGCGAGGCGGCGCAUAUGGGCGCGCAUUCCGUGCUGGCUAUUUGACAUUGCAUGCAAAAAGACUUGUUGCCUGCAAACUGCUGGUGAAGCUAGUUUGGCGAGUAUCAGUUUGGCAGCACUGCCGGCGGGUGAAGGGAUCGACAGGUGCCGUGCCAUGGCAACUUUUGUCAUAUCGUUGCUUGUCGCGGUUUCGCGGCCCUACCUUCUUUUGCAUGGCAUCAUUGACAGUCCAAUGAGGACCACCAGCAAUUCGCCAUCACCGAGCCUGUCUGUUGACUUGAGUACUCAUGGAGUGAAGGCCGCGAGUGGACGUGGCACACGCGCCGGCAAAUGCUGGCACGAUGACUUUAAAAAAUAUUUUCCUGAGAUACAUGCGUCUUGCUGUCGGACGCGCGGGUCCAUCCCCACAACGGAGACACCGAGUGGCUGUUGUGGAGGGUAUAUGUCACGGCAUUGAUUACUGCCCGGGGCCGUUUUGGGUCUUUGGUUGUAGCAGCGCAUGUUGAGCUGCGCGAUGCCCAAUUGGAUGAAUGCUUCAGCAUAUAGCCGGAUUCGGUUGGAGUACGUGGGCGAGUUGCAACUGUCCUUGGAACCGCUACCCCGCUGGAAUUUGCACAGGUAUGUCUGAGGUCGUCGGAGAUCUUAAAGGAACGGUCUCAAGGAUGUGGGUUAGCCGCAGGUUGCAGUUCGGCCUUACAUGGCAUGCUGGUAUAUGUAUGCGGGUCGUUACGCAGCAUGAACCACCACGCCCAUGGCCAUGAUCCGUGCUCAGGACUACGUAUAUGGCCGGCAUGUGCCUCGUGAAUGAGAGGCGCUCUCUGGGGCUCCCUUGCUGAGGAGGAGCUCGUUUGGUCUAAUACAAUUCUGUCAGAACGCAUUUAGAUUUUCCGGUCCUCGGAGACCGGCCACAAUUUGUCAGGUUCAGGUUCUG